GCCGCCGGGGCUGCGCGGGUUCUCAGGUGAGCGCUCCGUGGCCGAGGCGGGCGGGCCGGCCGGAGCUUGGCGCUCAGGGGCAGAGACCGCAAGGGACCGCGAGGGCAUCCUGAAGCGGCGCGAGGCGGGGGGGAACCCUGGACGGGGUCGGCUUUCCGGACCCCGGCCUGAAGCGGCGAGGGACUCUGGAGCUGCGGUGGCGGAGAGGCAAGAUGACUUCUCUGCCCCAAGCUUGGAACAGCUGAAGGAGACACCGGUACAAAAUGAGAACAACAAAGGUCUACAAACUUGUCAUCCACAAGAAGGGCUUCGGGGGCAGUGAUGAUGAGUUGGUUAUGAACCCCAAAGUGUUUCCUCACAUCAAGCUUGGGGACAUCGUGGAGAUUGCUCACCCCAACGAUGAAUACAGUCCUCUGCUGUUGCAAGUCAAGUCUCUUAAGGAAGACUUACAGAAAGAAACCAUCAGUGUGGACCAGACAGUGACUCAAGUGUUUCGUCUAAGACCUUAUCAAGAUGUCUAUGUUAAUGUUGUAGAUCCUAAGGAUGUGACACUUGACCUGGUGGAAUUAACCUUUAAGGAUCAGUAUAUAGGUCGUGGGGAUAUGUGGCGACUAAAGAAAAGUUUGGUCAGCACAUGUGCCUAUAUCACUCAGAAGGUGGAAUUUGCUGGCAUCAGGGCUCAGGCUGGCGAGCUGUGGGUCAAGAACGAGAAGGUCAUGUGUGGUUAUAUCAGUGAAGACACCAGGGUGGUGUUUCGCUCUACGUCAGCUAUGGUUUACAUAUUUAUUCAGAUGAGCUGUGAAAUGUGGGACUUCGAUAUUUAUGGGGAUUUGUAUUUUGAGAAAGCUGUGAAUGGUUUCCUUGCUGACCUUUUUACCAAGUGGAAGGAGAAGAACUGUAGUCAUGAAGUGACAGUGGUCCUGUUUUCUAGAACUUUCUAUGAUGCAAAAUCUCUUGAUGAAUUUCCUGAAAUAAACCGAGCCUCAAUUCGACAGGAUCACAAGGGUCGAUUCUAUGAAGACUUUUAUAAAGUGGUGGUGCAGAACGAGAGGAGAGAAGAGUGGACGUCACUGCUUGUGACCAUUAAAAAACUCUUCAUCCAGUAUCCAGUGUUGGUGCGACUGGAACAGGCAGAGGGCUUUCCUCAAGGAGAUAAUUCUACCUCAGCACAAGGAAACUACCUUGAGGCGAUCAAUCUGUCAUUCAAUGUGUUUGACAAGCACUACAUCAACCGCAACUUUGACCGGACGGGCCAGAUGUCUGUGGUGAUCACCCCUGGGGUGGGUGUGUUUGAAGUGGACCGCCUGCUCAUGAUCCUGACCAAGCAGCGGAUGAUAGACAAUGGAAUUGGUGUGGACUUGGUGUGCAUGGGGGAGCAACCGCUACAUGCAGUCCCAUUGUUCAAGCUACAUAAUCGAAGUGCACCUCGUGAUUCCCGUCUGGGUGAUGACUAUAAUAUCCCUCACUGGAUAAACCACAGUUUCUACACAUCCAAAAGCCAGCUCUUUUGUAAUAGUUUCACCCCACGAAUAAAACUGGCAGGAAAGAAGCCUGCCUCUGAGAAAGCAAAAAAUGGCCGAGAUACAUCUCUCGGAACUCCAAAAGAGUCUGAGAAUGCCCUUCCCAUCCAAGUGGACUACGAUGCCUAUGAUGCACAAGUGUUCAGGCUGCCUGGUCCGUCUCGGGCUCAGCGCCUCGCCACCUGCAGGUCUGUUCGAGAGCGAGAGAAUCACAGUCGAAAGAGCAGCAGCUUUUGUGACGUCUCCUCCAGCCCUUCCCUGCCCAGCCGUGUGCUGCCCACCGAGGAAGUGAGGAGCCAGGCUUCUGACGACAGUUCCCUGGGCAGGAGCGCCAACAUCCUGAUGAUCCCACACCCGCACCUGCACCAGUAUGAAGUCAGCAGCUCCUUGGGCUACACCAGCACUCGAGACGUCCUGGAGAACAUGGUGGAGCCACCACAGCGAGACUCCAGCGCGCCAGGGAGGUUCCACGUAGGCAGCGCGGAAUCCAUGCUGCACGUUCGACCUGGGGGAUACACGCCGCAGCGGGCGCUGAUUAACCCUUUUGCCCCCUCACGCAUGCCGAUGAAGCUCACGUCCAACCGAAGACGCUGGAUGCACACGUUUCCUGUGGGACCGUCGGGAGAGGCCAUCCAGAUCCACCACCAGACCCGGCAGAAUAUGGCAGAGCUGCAGGGCAGCGGGCAGCGGGACCUAACUCAUUCCUCUGCAGAGCUGCUGGAGUUAGCGUAUCAUGAAGCUGCUGGAAGGCACAGCACUUCCCGCCAGCCUGGUGACGGCAUGUCCUUCUUGAACUUCAGUGGAACGGAAGAGCUCUCUGUCGGCCUGCUUAGCAACAAUGGUGCAGGUAUGAAUCCUAGGACCCAAAAUAAGGAUUCGCUAGAAGACAGUGUUUCUACCUCUCCAGACCCAAUUCUGACACUGUCUGCUCCCCCUGUAGUGCCAGGCUUCUGUUGCACAGUUGGAGUGGACUGGAAGUCUCUCACUACUCCGGCUUGCCUCCCCCUCACCACCGACUACUUCCCUGACCGCCAGGGCCUACAGAACGACUACACAGAGGGCUGUUAUGAUCUUCUCCCGGAAGCAGACAUGGACAGGAGGGAUGAGGAAGGUGUACAGAUGACAGCCCAGCAAGUGUUUGAGGAGUUCAUCUGCCAGCGCCUCAUGCAGGGCUACCAGAUCAUAGUGCAGCCCAAAGCCCCCAAACCCAGCCCUGCCGUCCCGCCGCCCCUCAGCAGCAGCCCGCUCUAUAGCCGAGGUCUCGUGUCCCGUAACCGCCCCGAGGAAGAAGACCAGUAUUGGCUGAGUAUGGGCAGAACUUUCCACAAGGUGACACUGAAGGAUAAGAUGAUCACAGUCACACGCUAUCUUCCCAAGUACCCUUAUGAAUCUGCCCAGAUCCACUACACCUACAGCCUCUGCCCCUCCCACUCUGACUCAGAGUUUGUCUCUUGCUGGGUGGAAUUCUCUCACGAACGGCUGGAGGAGUACAAGUGGAAUUACUUAGAUCAGUAUAUUUGCUCUGCUGGCUCCGAGGACUUCAGCUUAAUUGAGUCUCUGAAGUUCUGGAGGACCCGCUUCCUGCUGCUGCCAGCCUGUGUCAUGGCCACCAAGCGCAUCACGGAGGGUGAGGCACACUGUGACAUCUAUGGGGACAAGCCCCGGGCUGAUGAAGAGGAGUGGCAGCUCUUGGAUGGCUUCAUUCGCUUUGUGGAAGGCCUGAACCGGAUCCGCAGGCGCCAUCGUUCCGAUCGCAUGAUGCGGAAGGGGACAACCAUGAAAGGUCUGCAGAUGCCCGGGCCCAUUGCUACCCAUCCCCUCGAGUCAGCUGGCCCUCCUGUUGGGAAGAAGGGGACCUCAGCGCUGUCUGCCCUGUUGGAGAUGGAGGCCAGUCAGAAGUGCCUGGGAGAACAGCAGGCAGCUGUGCACGGCGGCAAGAGCUCUACCCAGCCAGCCGAGAGCAGUAGCGUUGCUAUGACUCCCACCUACGUGGAUAGCCCACGAAAGGACGGGGCCUUCUUUAUGGAGUUUGUCCGCAGCCCUCGAACAGCAUCGUCUACCUUCCACUCACAGGUGUCUGUGGACCAGACGGCUGCGCCACUGUUGGAUGGCUCCAGUCUGGGGAUAAGCACAGGCCAGUCCAUGGACAGAGUCAACAGCCAGACCGUUGGGAACACACAGAACUCAGGGGAACAGGGCUUCCCCUCCGCAAAUCCCAGCGACAGCAGCUCCCAGCAGCUGACGGCAAGCUCCCUGACGUCCUCCUCCACCCUGGCCGAGAUCCUGGAAGCCAUGAAACACCCCUCGACAGGGGUCCAACUGCUCUCUGAACAGAAGGGCCUCUCGCCGUGCUGCUUCAUCAGUGCAGAGGUGGUGCACUGGCUGGUGAACAACGUGGACGGGGUCCAGACACAGGCCAUGGCCAUUGACAUCAUGCAGAAAAUGCUGGAAGAGCAGCUCAUCACGCACGCGUCUGGUGAAGUCUGGCGGACCUUUAUCUAUGGCUUCUAUUUCUACAAGAUAGUGAUGGACAAAGAGCCCGACAGAGUGGCCCUGCAGCAGCCCGCCUGGCACACGACAGCGGUGGACGACUUCGCCAGCUUCCAGCGCAAGUGGUUUGAGGUGGCCUUUGUGGCCGAAGAGCUCUUGCACUCGGAGAUUCCGGCUUUCCUGCUGCCCUGGCUGCCCAGCCGACCUGCCUCCUAUGCAAGCAGGCACAGCUCCUUCAGCCGCAGCUUCGGCGGCCGGAGCCAGGCUGCCGCGCUCUUAGCUGCCACCGUCCCUGAGCAAAGGACAGUCACCCUGGAUGUCGAUGUGAACAACCGCACAGACAGGCUGGAAUGGUGUAGCUGCUAUUACCAUGGAAACUUCUCCCUGAACGCAGCCUUUGAGAUCAAGCUCCACUGGAUGGCGGUGACCGCCGCAGUCCUCUUUGAGAUGGUCCAAGGCUGGCAUCGCAAGGCCACCUCUUGUGGCUUUUUGCUAGUCCCGGUGUUGGAGGGCCCCUUUGCGCUGCCCAGUUACCUGUACGGCGACCCGCUGCGAGCCCAGCUCUUCAUCCCGCUCAACAUCAGCUGCCUGCUCAAGGAAGGCAGCGAACACCUGUUUGACAGUUUUGAGCCAGAAACAUACUGGGAUCGAAUGCACCUUUUCCAGGAAGCCAUAGCACACAGGUUUGGGUUUGUGCAAGACAAAUAUUCUGCCUCUGCUUUUAACUUUCCUGCCGAGAACAAGCCUCAGUACAUCCACGUUACAGGAACAGUCUUCCUGCAACUGCCCUACUCCAAGCGCAAGUUCGCGGGCCAGCCGCGGCGGCGACGGAAUUCCACCAGCUCCACCAGCCAGAACAUGUUCUGCGAGGAGCGGGUGGGCUACAACUGGGCCUACAACACCAUGCUGACCAAGACGUGGCGCUCCAGCGCCACGGGGGACGAGAAGUUUGCCGACCGGCUGCUGAAGGACUUCACGGACUUUUGCGUCAAUCGUGACAACCGCCUGGUGACGUUCUGGACGAGCUGCCUGGAGAAGAUGCAUGCCAGCGCCCCGUGAGCCACCGCAGGCUCCGCGGAUGAGGAGGGGUCCAGGCUGGCCAUUGGUAUUCACUAGGAUCAGUGAGACUCUGGGCAUCCCAGGGCAGCUGGUCACUGUCGAUGUGGGGGGGCCCUGGCCUUGGUGGCUUCCCCCCACAAGGUGUCCUCCACAUAAGGAGAAAAUACCAGAAGCCGUUGGCGCCGAGAGCAGGUGGGAGGCCCAGACGGUCAGGGUAGAGGCGUUAGUGCCGGGGGAGGGUCGGGCAGUGCCCCUGAGUGUUCUCUGAUGGGGGCCAGCUCCUGUGUUCGGAGCCAAACCUGCCGCUCCCCACCCCGCAGCGUGCACAGGGUGUAAGAUAACUUUGUGAAAUAAUGUAUCAUAUGCUCACGCCAACUGUAUAUACCUGUACAUAGAGAAGGAAUAAAGUGCCAUGUGCAGCGUCCUGGCCAGCACAGCCUGGCAGCACCAGGUUCUGCCUGCGGCUGACCCGUUGUGGCCCAGGAGGCAGCCCAGGCUGUGAGGAGGA